CCAUUUUCCUUUGCAGUAUUCCAGCGUUAGAAAAACUCAGCCCAAUUCCCUUCCUCCAUUGCAAAUUUGUGACCCCAUCCACUUUCCCUGUGUCGUCUUCCCCAUAUUCUCCCGUACGUCUACUAUCUCUAAAGCAGAUUAAGCAGUCGUAUCAUCUGUCUUUGUAGCAUUUGGAUUGAGACACGUUGCCUUUGCAAGGACACGAAAUCCAUCCACUUCGUUCGUUCUCCUUUCUUCUUUGGGGAUGAAUUGAAAAAUGCAGAAAAGGGUGUCUGCCCUUUUUGGGUGAAAGGCUUUUGAAUUUCGAAUUUGGGAUUAGGCUUGGUUUUCCAUCCAAUUUUUCUUCCGUUUCCUUCCAAAAUCCGUAACUGUAGUGGUUCAUCUAUAUAUAAUCGCUUUGAGAGAAAGCAGAGGGUGAUUUUUUUCUUUUGAUAUGUUUUAGCAAAAAGAAGCAAGAACUUUUACAGCAACAUAAGCAAGAAUACAUAAAUUUUUAUAUCAGAUACGUUUAAAAACAGAAAAUUGGUUUAAUUUUGGUGUUGAGUCUGGUUUUUUUCCUCAAUACCUUGAUUGUUGCUCGUGUCCGAGUCUUGGUUUGUAGGAAGUCGUCAUCCUAACUUAUUGUUGUCUCAGUUGCUGCCCGGAAGAAGUUUGACAUGGUCAUAGCCGCACCACCUCAACUCACAAUGUGGUAUGGCAAUCUCGACGGGGAUCGUAGAAGAACUCUCAACAAAUAUGUGGGUGCUCUGACAUAAUUGAUCGACAUGAACGGUUGACCGGAAUUGGUUGAGGUCCUCACAGGCUACUGGGAUAGCCAAUGAAUGGUGGUCCGAUUCAGAACCACCAAAAUAACCUCGACUUUGGAGGAAAUCAGAGAAUGCAUAGACACGGUAGGCACUGGGAUAGAAAGGAUAGCAAGAAAACAAGAAGACAUCUUUAUCCCUAAUAAGCCUUUUGUAGAAGAUAUUGCAAACUGGUUUGAGUUGGGGAAAGACUUUGCCUACUGGUUCCAAGAAUCCCAUGUAGCAUUCUGAGAUCUGUACAUGUAAUUUGGACAUGCAAGCGUUUACGCCACUUACAACCAAGAGUUCAAGAUCUCCUACCGAGAAUGGUAUGAAAUUUGUCCAUUAGCAUUUGCUGUAGCGUUAUUGGGAACGAUGGUAUUUCCACAUAGUCCAAGUCUCAGUAUCAAUACUCGAGUUAUAACACUCGUGCAUACUUUGUUCAAAGGGUAUGAGAACAAAAGGGAUAACAAAGUACUACCCUAUCGCUCCGGUCAUCCUGUUUGAUAUGUAUCGAGCCUUGGGAAAAUGCAAAGAGGGACAUCGAUACUUCCAAGGAUGCAACUUGCUCCUUCAGCUGUGGAUCCUCAGCCAUUUAGCGAAGGGUGCUGGGACUCGGGAGAUGCAUACUCUUGACAACAAGAACUCCCUUAAAGAUUUGAAUGAUAUGUUGUACUAGGCGAAUAUGGACAAUCGGAGAACAAGAGGGAGAUGGGCUCAGAUUCUCUCCGAAUUGAGAGAAGAAGAUCUCCAAUGGGUGCUUGACCGUUUCAUCUCCAAAGAAGUUAUCGUGGAGAGAUGCAGACAAAUUGUGCUUCCUCAACCAGACAUUUGGGGAAUUCACCCUUAUGCACCCUUCCGAGUCUUGCAACAGUUCAGGAGGAGAAAAACUGUACCCAAAGAGGCUUAUAUGGUGCUUAUGUAUACGAUAUUGGAGACGAUAGAUUGCACGACGUAUCUUAAAUGUUCAAAUAAUGGAAAAUUACUAAGCAUAUGGAUAAAGACACCAUCGCCCCUGACCGAUUUAAUGCUCGAUACGACGAGGGUUACAAAAAAUGGUUGAAAAAAAACAUACAAAGUAUCUCCUCCCCAACCCCGCACAACUUUUGCAGUGUGACAGGCAAAGAAGCAAAGGCAGUGGGCGAGCUAUAAGAGGUAAAGAAAGAGUCCCAAUAAAUGUACGCUAAAUUUGUCGAGAACCAAGACACUCUUGAGAGGAAGAUUUAAGAGGUGAAAAGAUUGAGGCAUAGCUAUGAUGAUUUUGAUACCUGGGUCAAGGAGAAAAUCGAGAGGAUACGACACGAAAGCUUGGAAGACAAAGGACGCCUGGAUGAAGGAUUCUUGCUGAUGCUAAGAUAUAUGUUUCAGCAAUACAAGACUAAGGGGCACGACGACGGAGCAGGACCAUUAGGCACAACAUAUUGGAUUUUGCCCUUUUCUGGGUUUUUAUAUUUAUUUAAGUUGUUUUAGCCCCUGCGUGGGCCUGCCUUUAUUGCACUUUCAAAUGGCCCCUGCGUGGGUCUGUCUUUAAUUUUUAUCCUUUGUUAUCCCCUUUGUGAACAUUAUUAUUGAAUUGUGAAAUUCAUUUGGGGGGGAAUUGUUUAUAUGGUUUAAAUUCACACGUACAUCAUUCAGAUGCGCUAGGCCUUACCUUGGCACAAAAGGGUCCCCCUGUAUGUUUUAGGAUAGUGAUAUCGGUGUUUAACUGUUUAUGUGUUUUGUUGAUAAGAAUGAGGAUAUUGGAAACCCACUCUUUUCUAGAAAUUUCCAAAAUAUAUACAUAAGUCACUAUCACAAAUGUCUGACCAAAUUUUUUUGAAUCUUAAGUUUCUCACUCAAAAGACAAACCUCAUCUCCAAAUCGUAAACAUUAUUCUACUGUCUUAGGAAAGGCAAAAUCACCUCAAUGGACAAAGGAAAGGGUAUUCAAACUGAACCAAGUGAAGAAGAGUGGGUCCAGAUGCAAAAGCAGCGAAAGCGUCUGUACAAAUUACUAAUUCCUCCUGAGAGCCCUGAACAGGAGAUGAAUGAAGAAUGUUUUGAAGAGGAAAGUUAUGAGGAGUUACUUGCCCUCCCUCCUUCUUUCGAGGGGCAUCUGACAAACACAGACAACAAAAUUUCUCCCGAGGCAUAUUUGCACGAAGAACAAAAGAUGAUGGAGGUCAUUUCGUGCGCUCUCAUUUUUGAACACUAUCGGUCUAGGGGCCUGCUAGGACCCGUUAAGGAAGCGUCCUCCCAAGUGGGAUUAGGAGAUCUCCGCAAGACAUGUGAAUGUCAUCUUAGGGAGAAAGGACAUACAAUUGAGGAGUGUAUUGGUUUUAAAAUGCAGUCCGCUAUUUAUUCACUAUUGAUAGUACUCCUAACACUUGGGGUGACAACGUCAUCCUUGCAUGUGAUGAACCACGACUUGACAUACCGGUCACAGAGGGAACCAAAUUCUAUCAUUGCUUAUUUACACCUUUCAAGAAAACAAUAUGGGAAAUCUACUCGAAUUUGGUUCAGAAAGGCGUCUUUACCCAUUACUACUAGAAUGUGGACAUGCAAUAUUCUCUUCAGCACGAAAUCCGAAAUCAUUGUCCCUAUCAUCAUCACUCCACAGACCACAACAUUUAAAAGUGUCUCGACUUCAAUCACAACCUCAAAUCCCUCAUUAGCAUGGGAAAGAUUCAAGUUGAGACCGUUCCCCGUGGCUAAGAUGAAGAUGACAAAGAGAAGAAAAUGACUUAGAUGGAGUCAUUGGUUUAUCUUUACAGCUUUGUUGUUUUUCCGUUUCCUUGUAAUCCCAAUGAAUUAAAGAAUGAAAAUAUUCUCUUUGUACUCGAA